AUGGUUUGUUUUAAGACGGAAGCAGAUAGCAGUAAUAAAUCUUCUCAGGUGGGAGAGACAUCGGCCACCCAGCAAAGCAAGGAAGCGGCGCUGACUGAAAUGAAACCGAAUACAAGGGUCGGUAAUGUCGCUGCUGUGAAGGUAACAGCCAAUGUUGCACAGCAGCGUGAUUCAAGGGUACUUUUAGCUACUGCGGUAAUUAUCAUCGAGGAUGAUCAUGGUGUGCGGCAUACAGCGCGCGCCCUUUUAGAUUCAGGAUCAGAAUGCAAUUUUGUUUCGGAAAGAUUGUGCAAACAAAUGCACGUUGCCAAGGAAAGGGUAGAAAUCUCUGUCGUUGGAAUUGGUGCAGCUUCCGUUAGGGUGAAGCAUACGAUCCGCGUGAACAUCAGAUCGCGAAACUCAACAUUUACCGAGGUUAUGGAUUUCUUAGUAUUACCAAAAUUGACAUCAAAAUUGCCUACUGCAACGGUGCAGACUAUGGGAUGGGUUAUACCACAAGAGAUCGAACUAGCGGACCCGUCAUUCUUCGUUUCGAAUAGUGUGGACAUCAUACUUGGCAUCCAAUCGUUCUUCGGUUUCUUUCGGACUGGCAAGGCAAUGUCAUUAGGAGAGGGACUACCACGGUUAACAGAAUCCGUUUUUGGUUGGAUAGUAUCCGGAGAGGCUGCAACACUGACUAAUUCGACGCAGAUCACCUGCAAUAUCGCGAUAUCGGACAAACUGGAGGAGAUGAUGGAAAGGUUUUGGUCCUGCGAGGAAGUAGGAGAUACCCAUAAUUAUUCCCCUGAAGAAAGUCGUUGUGAGGAGCAUUUUAGUACCACUGUCCACCGAGGGUCGGAUGGACGAUAUACGGUUUCACUUCCAAAAAACGAAGACAUUUUGGCACGGUUGGGAGAAUCUAAGGACAUUGCGCUUAAACGUUUUAUCGGAUUAGAACGGCGAUUAUCUCGGGAUGAAAACUUACGGAAACAAUACCACGAAUUUAUCUCAGAAUAUUUGGAACUUGAUCACAUGCGUAAAAUUGUUGAUGACGGCACACCCGGAAUUAAAAGAUGUUUUCUGCCUCACCACCCAGUUGUGAAGGAGGAGAGCACCACUACGAAGCUUCGUGUGGUGUUUGAUGCGUCCUGCAGGACUUCUACAGGGAUUUCUGUGAAUGAGGCUCUACUAGUGGGUCCGGUUAUUCAGCAGGAUCUACGAUCAAUUGUUCUUCGUUGCAGAAUGCGUCGAAUCAUGCUCGUUUCGGACGUCGAAAAAAUGUUUCGGCAAAUAAGAAUAAACCCAGCUGAUGCUCCUCUCCAAAGUAUUUUAUGGCGGUUCAGAGAGGAAGAUGAGGUGGAAACGUAUGAGUUAAAGACAGUUACAUACGGUACGAAACCGGCACCGUUUUUAGUAACGCGAACACUUAAGCAGCUAGCGAUAGAUGAAGCGGAACGUUAUCCUCUGGCAGCAAACGUUAUUGAAAACGAUGUCUACAUGGACGAUGUGAUUACAGGCGCCGAUGAUGUCGAAACAGCUACAAGGCUGCGAUUGCAACUGGAUGCAAUGCUGGAAAGUGGAGGAUUCCGAUUGAGGAAAUGGGCAUCGAACUGUGUAGCAGUAUUGAAGGAUAUUCCGAAAAACAAUUUGGCGCUCUCAGAGGCAAAUGGCAUCAGCUGGGAGCAGGAUUCUGCAGUUAAGGCUUUAGGUUUAACUUGGUUACCAAAAUCAGACACGUUAAGGUUUAGUUUCGUCAUCCCCGAGCUGGCGCCAGAUCAAACACUAACCAAAAGGAAGGUCCUUUCGAUUAUUGCAUCGUUGUUUGACCCUUUGGGUCUCCUAGGAGCCACGAUUACGAAGGCUAAAAUUUUCAUGCAACGUUUAUGGAGUGCGAAAAAUACGGAUGGGUGUGCAUUGGAGUGGGACUCGCCUCUAACCGAGACUCUUGAGGCAGAUUGGCGGAUUUACCAUCAGCAGUUGGCCUUGUUAAAUGAGUUGCGCAUUCCGAGAUGCGUAAUUGCAUCCGCAGCAGCAUCAGUUAAUAUUCACUGUUUUUCUGAUGCGUCUGAACGAGCAUACGGUGGAUGUGUGUACGUAAGAUCUAUGGAUGCAAACCAGUUGGUCACAGUUAAGCUUCUUACUGCUAAAUCUAAGGUAGCUCCAUUAAAAACUCAAAGCCUACCGCGACUCGAAUUAUGUGGCGCUAGACUAGUUGCGGAAUUAUGGGAAAAGGUGACGGAGUCAAUCGGACCAGAUUAUGAAGUGCAUUUUUGGACGGAUUCCACUUGUGUUCUACGGUGGAUCCAAGCUUCCCCAGGAACCUGGGUUACGUACAUAGCAAAUCGCGUAUCUAAAAUCCAAGCCAUAACAGAGGAGCACACUUGGCAUCAUGUACCAGGUUUGAGCAACCCGGCUGACUUAAUUUCGCGUGGAGUAACGCCAGAAGUAUUAAUUGAAAACAGUUUGUGGUGGGAGGGACCAGAUUGGUUAAAACAAGAAAAAGACCAAUGGCCCCAAGGACAGGAAAAUCUUUCGGAAGGAGCGCUAGAAGGAAGACGAAUUGCAGCUGCUGUGGUGGCAGUCAACGAGAAUGGGUUUAUGCAUGAGUACAUUGCUAGAUUUUCAUCAUACACCAGGUUAUUGCGAGUAACUGCUUACUGUUUGCGAUUAAAGGCAAGGGCAAUGCCAAGGGAAAAUGGAUGUUUCAUAACAACAGCGGAAUUAAGAGAAGCAGAGUUUGCCAUUAUUCGGAGGGUCCAACAGGACGCGUUCUCCGAGGAUUUAAAACGACUAAGAAAAGGCGAGGCUGUUUCACGUCAUUCUUUACUAAGAUGGUUUAAUCCAAAGAUAGCGGAAAACGGUAUACUACGGAUAGGUGGGCGGUUAGAACAUUCUCAAGAGCCGGCAGAUGCUAAACAUCCGAUAAUUUUACCGGCGAAGCAUGUGCUGACAGAACUUAUACUAUUGCAUUAUCACCAAAAUUUGAUGCACGCAGGCCUUCAGUUGUUACUAGCUACUGUGAGGCAACGGUUUUGGCCGUUGGGUGGUCGGAACUUGGCCAGGAAAAUCAUUCAUCGGUGUCAACGCUGCUUCCGAGCAAAACCGAAACUUUUCAGACAACAAAUGGGCGAACUACCAGCAGCGCGAGUAACAAUAUCAAGACCAUUUGCGAAAUGUGGAGUGGAUUACUUCGGCCCAGUUUACGUUCGAGCGGGCAGGCGACAAACCGCGAUAAAGACUUACGUGUCAAUUUUUGUGUGCAUGAGCACUAAGGCUGUGCAUAUGGAGCAUGUGACGGACCUUUCAACAGAACGGUUUCUGCAAGCGUUACGCAGAUUUUUUGCCAGGAGGGGUAGAUCGUCAGACAUAUAUUCGGAUAAUGGGACUAAUUUUGUCGGCGCUAGGAAUCAACUGAGAGAGCUAUUUGCUUUGUUAAAAGACCCCCAACAUCAACAAGCGGUUGCCAGAGAGUGCUCAGCAAACGGCAUUCAUUGGCAUUUUAACCCCCCAGGGGCACCGCACUUCGGAGGCCUCUGGGAGGCGGCUGUUCGUUCAGCGAAGUACCACUUGUUACGUGUUAUAGGUGGGAACCCAGUGUCAACGGAGGAUUUUAUCACGUUGUUGACGCAAGUAGAGGCAUGUCUGAACUCCAGGCCCCUAACUCCAAUAUCGGAUGAUCCGACGGAUUUGGAACCAUUGACUCCAGCGCAUUUUUUAUCGGGCGGAUCACUUCAAGCCAUUCCUGAACCCGACUAUAGUGCUGUGCCAUUGAAUCGUUUGAAUCAGUAUCAAUUGGUCCAGCGUCAGUUGCAAGACUUUUGGAAACGCUGGAAAUCGGAAUAUUUGGUGCAGCUUCAAAGCAGGACGAAAAAUUGGGAGCGGCCGGUAAAGGUGGAAAUCGGUCGGCUGGUUGUUGUUAUGGACGCAAAUCAACCUCCAAUGCGAUGGAAGCUGGGACGAAUCAGUCAGCUGCACCCUGGCACGGAUGAAGUGGUUCGAGUGGUCACUGUUAAAACGGCUACAGGAUCUUUUACUCGACCAGUGGAGAAACUGUGCUUCCUGCCGCAGGUUGGAGAUGCGACGGGAACAGAUCAAGAGUCAUGCCAGUAA